AUGGAUGAAUGUUUAAUAAACCAUGAAAAAAAUAAAUAUGAUGCAAUAUUAAAAAAAAAUAAAUUUCUUUAUAAAAUUCAAUUAUCAAAUACAAGGUAUGACAUUAUUAGAAGAGUUGUUCAAGAUUCAAAAUACUGGGUAGAAUCUCCCCCAGAUUCUAAUGAUUGGGAUGUUAUAUGGAUAGAUACAUCUAUAUCUGAAGAAAGGUUUCGCAAGUUAAAAAAAUUUCAAAAAAUUAAUCAUUUCAUUGGAAUGAGAGGUAUAACAAGAAAAGAUGAAUUAUCUAGAAAUUUAAAAAAAAUGAAAAAGAAUUUUCCUCAAAGUUAUAAUUUUUUUCCUCUCACAUGGAUUUUACCUAAUGAAAUUUCUGAUUUUAAGAAUUAUUAUAAACAGAAAAGUAAUUCAAAAACAUACAUAGUUAAAUUAAAGAAUUCAUGCCAAGGAAAAGGUAUUUAUUUAACAAAAAAAUUAGAUAAUAUAAAUAAAUAUGAAAGUUGUAUAAUUCAAAAAUAUAUACAUAAACCAUUACUAAUAAAUGGCUUGAAAUUUGAUAUAAGAUUAUAUGUUUUAAUAACUGGAUGUGAUCCUCUUAGAAUAUUUUUACAUGAAGACGGUUUAGUGAGAUUUUCAAUUGAGAAAUAUAAAUUACCAAAAUCAAAGAAUCUAAAACAAGUAAAUAUGCAUUUAACUAAUUUUGCAAUCAACAAAAAAUCUGAUAAAUUUGAAAAUUCUCUAAAUCCUGAUGAUGCAACCAUAGGACACAAAAGAAGUUGGAAAGUAGUUUUAGAAAAACUAAAGGAACAGGGAUUACCUAUGGAUUCCAUAAUGACAAAAAUUGAACAUAUGAUUGUUAAAACAAUUUGCUCAAUACAACCUGAAUUAAAACAUUUUUAUAAUUCAGCACAUAUUAGUGACUAUUCAAAUAGUAUGUGUUUUGAAAUUUUAGGAUUUGAUAUUUUAUUAGAUCAUAAAUUAAAACCGUGGUUACUUGAGGUAAAUCAUUCUCCUUCUUUUAGAACGUGUUCUAUGGUUGACGAAAAGGUAAAAUAUGCAGUUAUAAGAGACACUUUGAAUAUUUUAUAUAUGCGUUCAAAAUAUAGAUUAAUUCAUAUUCAAGAGUAUUUAAAUUUACAAAAGUUUAGAAAAAAAUAUAAUCAUUUGUUAGUUAAAAAUAAAAAAGAAUUGAAGGAAAAAUUAACUAUAAGUAGAUUUCAGUAUGAAAAUAAAAAUCUGGGUGGAUACAAAAGAAUUUACCCAUUAGAAGAAUUGUUAGAUUAUGAAAAUCUAAUAUUAUAUGUUUCCAAUGCUUGGAAUAAAUCAAUAGGUAUACCAUAUUCUAUGAAAAAAGAUUCAUUUGAAUACUUGUUUGAAGAACAAAUAAAAAAAAAAAAGAUGGCAAAAGAAAAAUUAUCUAUAAAUGAUAAAUCAACUGAAGAACAAGUAUUUUCUCAAAAUAAUUUAGAAUAUAAUAAAUACUAUUCACAUAGAGCUCAUGUGAAUAUUAGUAAUUGUUCCACCUCAUGCUAA